GUUUCUCAGCUACAAGCCUAAAAUCACCCCUAAAAACAGCAGUAACAGCCUGAUUAGGUACCUACAUUACUUAGCGCUGCAGGUACCUGUGUGAUCAGCUGAUGACGUAUGUACCAAGCAUACCUGGCACCUAGCUAUCAAAUGCACGGCCGCUAUCAAAACUUACUUCUUCUUCUUCUUGCACAUACCACAAAGUUAACCGGACCAGCAUGGAAUUGAGGAAGGGCAUCCUAAACUCGCCAUGUAUUGCCAAAAGUGUCGCACCCCGCUCAAGCUAGACGGGUCGUUAGCAGACCUAAACCCAGCUGCAUUUGAUCUACUCAUCGCUACAUCCUCUCAGCAGAAUCCGAAGCGAUCGCCUUCUUCGCGAUUAACCUACCCGAACGACGCCGAACGGAGAGCCCUAUAUGAUAAAGUAUCCAGAGAUGCUGGCCCGGCAACGUUCAAAAGAAAUAGCAGCGGCUUGCGUAGCGAUGGCCACCCUCGCGAUAGCUCCGCCAUGUCCUUCGUCCUCCUCACAGAAUCACAAGUCGCACCACCAAGGCUUACGCCUCCCGUAGAGUCACAGAGUCCGAGACAGCAACGUCGAGCGUCAACGUCCAGCGGCCAACAACGUAAUGACGGAAAGCGACCAGCGCAACCCCACGAAGCCGAGCGGGUCAAUAAGCUUUUUGAAAUACUAUCCGCGCGCUCGGAUGUAGACCAUCCCGUCUGCGUCGAAUGUACGGAGAUGUUGGUAGACGGGCUCCAGAAGAAACUAGAAUCCACGGCGCGGGAACGCGAUGCUUACGCGGCCUUCCUCAAGCAAGUCCAAGCCGACGUGCCCAGCGAAGAGGACAUUGCGGAAUCGGAAAAGGCGGUAGAAAAAGCCCGGAAGGAGGAGGAGGAAUCGAUGAAGCAGCUGUUGGCGCUGGAGAAGGAAAAGGCGGCUCUCGACCUCGAAAUAGCAGCCCUCGAGGACGAGUCGCAAGCACUGGAUGCCGAAGAGGAGCAGUUCUGGCGGGAGCGCAACGCCUUUGCGGUGAAGCUCGCCGAGUUCCAGAACGAGCGAGACAGCAUCAACUCCAAAUUCGACCACGACUCUCAACUUCUUACGAAGCUCCAGCGAGCAAACGUCUACAACGACACAUUCUCGAUACACCACGACGGUCACUUCGCAACGAUCAACGGGUUACGGCUCGGCAGGCUAUCGUCCAAGCCCGUCGACUGGCCAGAGAUCAACGCUGCUUGGGGCCAAGCACUGCUAUUAGUCGUCACCGUUGCCGAGAAGCUGGGCUAUAAAUUCGACGGGUACGAACCCUUACCGAUGGGUUCGACAUCCAAGAUCAUCCGCUACGAGUACCCGUCCCCCUCCGCCAGUCGCCUCGGCGGACAUCGCAGCGGACCCCCUCCGGCCCCCAAGAAAACCGUGCUGGACCUAUUUUCCUCGGGCGAUCUGCCCCUGCAAAUGCUAUGGAACCGGAAGUUCGACCAGGGGAUGGUAGCCUUCCUGGAGCUCGUGCGACAGCUCGGGGCGUUCGUCCACCAGCAGACGAAGGAGAGCAGCGGCGGCGGCGGAAGUGGCGGCAGUGGUGGCGGCAGGGGCGAGUACGCGGCUAAUCCGCUCGCGCUCCCGUACAAGAUCGAGGGAGACAAGAUCGGGGACGAUCGGAUAGGCCACUUUAGCAUUAAGUUGGGCAUGAACAACGACGAGAGCUGGACGAAGGCGUGCAAGUUCGCGCUGACGUGUUGCAAAUUUCUGAUCGCGCACGCGAGCAACGUGAGUCAUGUAGCGAACGGACGUUGAGUUAUUACCUAGUGGGUGCCUUGUUUGUUUUUGUAACGAGUUAGAAAGGGCGGUGUCCGGCGUUGAUACCUAGGACGGAUUUAUACCGCUAUCAUGGCUAGGGUAAGAUUAACAUUAGGUUAUUAGAGAGUAUGUUAUAUUAGUUCCUAGAUAUCCGAUGUACACCUUUUUUGAGGGCGCCAUCCUUGUGUAGAUCUAUAUUAGGUUAGGAGGUAGUUAUUAUUAUUAUACCUACUCCAGCGGUUAAACUAACAUGAAUGAUACUAUUUGCCAGAUGUG